AGAAGGAAUGGGUGACGUUUCGGGUCGAGACCCUACAUUUUGUGUCUCUCUUCGGUUUAAAGCAGCACCUGCAGUUCCUUCCCACACAACGAUUCAUGGAACCUGCCGUCAGCUUCGCUCCUGCAAGAUUCCGUUCGCUUACAAUUUCAAAUUCAUUGAACACGAAAUAAAUCUAAACAUGCAAGAAAGUGAGCAGCCGAGCAAUUAUCCACAACGAGCACUGUUGUCAAAAGCCAACCCAUGGCUCACUUGAAUGAGGCACAUCAAAGGCAAUUAGAGCAAGCGAGUGCACAAUAACAAGCAAAUGGGAUGGUUACAAUUUUUAAAGAUGUGAAUGAUUAGUUUGAUUUGACACCAUUCCCGCCCACCAGACCCAUGCCAUCCCUUGUCCCGCCGGCCAGUAGGACUCCAUUUCCCGUGAUGCAGGGUGGUGACUUCCAUUGGAGAGUGUGAGGGGACUGGGAGCCGCCGGGCUGUUGAUGAGGGACGAGUGGGGAGCCGGUCUCUCUCCUCCCACCAUCGUGCUCCCGCCUCAUCUCCCUGGGCAGCGAGAGAGGGUUAACAACAACAACCCCCUCCCUUCCUCACCCCGUCCCUGCAUUCUCCCCGCCUCCUUUGCAGUCUUCAGCCGUUAAUGGGAAGGUUACUUGGCUGCAGCGAGGGAGUGCGGAUUGAUGUUGGCAGAAGUUGUUUUGCGGAGGAGCAGAGGCGUGCGGAGUGUUUCCCUGGGUCGGGGAAACUCCGUGGGGAAAAGUCUGCGGCAGCUCCGACCUCGGUCGCUGCCGGCGCCCCGUGUCACGGAAGCUCAACGCCGAGUUGUGAGAAAGACAACUCUUCGCAAGCUGGAAUACACAUCGUGGCUGCGGCUUUUCAGCAAAACAAAACCACGGAUUUCGGUUUUCUUGGCACGCACCCCUCCCCCUCGUGGGAAAUCGGGAAAUGGGUGUCAAUGACGAGGACCAGAAUUUACUGCUCAUCUCUAGUUGCUGUUGAGUCCGUGGAAGUAAACAGACUUCAUGAACUGGUGCAGUUCGGCUGGUGAAAGAUCGGCAUAAUACCGUGUGGUUUUUGGGGACAUUUUGGAGAACGAACUGGAAUCGUUUGUGUGGGUCCAUAUUCACACAUAAACAGACUGGGUAAGAAUGCAAGAAUGAUGGGAUGGAUCUAAUGAUGGGCUUCGGGCCAGGCUUGGCGCUGUCCUUCCUCUGCCUCGUCCUCCUGUUAUUCCAGCUGUUUGGCUCCAGUUGUCAGGGUCGCCAGAUUCAAGAGCCAGUGGUGUCCGCAACCUUCCAGUUUACCCACUCAAUGUACAAUGCUACAAUUUACGAGAACUCUGCUGCAAGAACCUAUGCCAACAGUCAAGUUAAAAUGGGAAUACAUGUGACAGAUCCAUCAUGGGACAUUAAAUACAGGAUUAUUUCUGGAGAUGAGGACAGCUUCUUCAAAGCAGAAGAAAUUUUACUUGGAGAUUUCUGCUUCCUUCGGAUUAGGACUAAGGGAGGGAAUUCUGCCAUAUUAAACAGGGAAGUACAAAAUCACUAUUUGCUCAUUGUGAAAGGCACUAUCAGAGGGGAAGCUAUGGAGGCAUGGACGAAAGUGAAUAUACAGGUUUUGGAUAUGAAUGAUUUACGGCCUUUGUUUUCUCCAACAACAUAUUCUGUAACUAUUCCAGAAAAUACACCUCUAAGAACAAGUAUUGCACAGGUGACGGCAACAGAUGCGGACAUUGGAUCAAAUGGAGAGUUUUAUUAUUAUUUUAAAGAUAGAGUUGACAUCUUUGCUGUUCAUCCAACUAGUGGAGUGGUUUCUUUGAGUGGCAGAUUGAAUUAUGAUGAGAUAAACCAAUAUGACUUGGAAGUUUUAGCAGUGGAUCGUGGAAUGAAACUUUAUGGGAACAAUGGAGUCAGCAGUACUGCAAAACUAGUCAUUCGCAUUGAUAGAAUCAAUGAGCAUGCACCAACUCUAAACGUGGUGACUCACAUUCCUUCCUUGAUGGACAAUAAUCCUACCUAUGCUAUUCUCACAGUGGAUGACCUGGACGAUGGAAUUAAUGGGGAAAUUGAAUCGGUAUCCAUUGUAGCAGGUGAUCCUUUAGAGCAGUUCCAUCUCAUUCGGACCGGAUCAUCUGGCAGAGAGUUUGGAAUAAAGGAAGCAAAGGAAAUAUACUGGAAAGAUUUUCCCUAUGGCUACAACCUUACCCUUCAAGCAAAAGAUAAAGGAGUCCCUCAGAAAUUCUCUGCAGUGAAAAUAGUACAUAUUAGAAAUGGGGAUGAAGAUGAAAACCAAGUGAUGUUUGAAGAAGAUCUCUAUGAAGUGGAAUUGAAUGAAUUUGCUCCUCCUGGAGCAGUGGUAGUUGUUGUUAAGCUGAAGCCAGAGCCAUCAAAUGUGGAAUAUAAAUUAAGUGCAACUGAAGAUGCUCAUCUCUUCCACAUUAAUCCUCGGACUGGUCUGAUCACAACGACACAGCACAUAAGCACCCUUGAGAGAGAACACUUUGUGUUAGAAGUGGUGAGUAAUGCCAAUGACAUCAAAGUACGUGUCAUUGUAAAGAUCGAAGACGCCAAUGAUCAUGCCCCAGAAUUUCAGCAGCUGUCCUAUGAGGCAUUUAUCAAUGAGAGUAUGCCGAUUGGUAGCAGUGUGUUAGUUGUUUCUGCCAUGGACAAAGAUCAAGGAGAAAAUGGAUAUGUAACAUACAGCAUUGGCAGUCUGAAUUCAUUACCUUUCACAAUAAACCAGUUUACUGGCAUCAUCAGCACAAGGGAACCAUUAGAUUUUGAGUCCUCACCUCAGAGUUACAGGUUUUCUGUACGUGCCUCGGAUUGGGGAUCACCCUACCGAUGUGAGACUGAGGUAAAUGUGACGAUAUUUAUAGAUAACAUUAAUGACAAUAAACCCCUGUUUGAAAAGGUGGAUUGCCGAGGCAUGAUUUCCCAAGAGUUCCCCGUCGGUGAACAAAUAACUGCUGUUUCAGCGAUUGAUGUUGAUGAGCUGCAAUUGGUAAAAUACACACUCAUUUCAGGGAAUGAGCUUGGAUUCUUUGAGCUGAAUCCUGACUCUGGUGUACUUUUCUUAACAAAACCAUUGGAUAGUGCAAAUCCAAACGAUGGUUUUUUUUCACUUCAGAUAACAGCCUCGGAUGGGGAGAACUUAGCUGAUCCGAUGUUCCUUAACAUUUCUCUGGUGCACGGUAAAUUGACCGCAAAGGAUUACAUCUGCAAGGAAACGGGAGCUGCUCAGAAAUUAACAGAAAAGUUACUGAAAAGGGCUAAAAUAAACACCAAAUCAACAAUGGAAGACUUAUUCCUCGACCUCUACUCGAUUAAUAGGCAAUCCCCAGAGUUUGAUAAAUCCUUUCAUUCGGAAAUAGAUGUUAAGGAAGAUCUUCCAGUUGGUGGUAGUGUUGUUAAGAUCACAGCUUCUGAUACGGACAGUAGCUUUAAUGGAAAGGUAGUGUACACCAUUUCUGACGGCAAUGUGGAUAGUUGUUUCAAUAUUGACAUGGAAACCGGAUGGAUAACAAUUCUGAUGCCUUUGGAUCGUGAGUUGACUGAGAACUACAUUCUGAACAUCACAAUUUAUGACUUGGGAUCUCCCCCAAGGUGUGCCUCGAGACUCCUGGUUGUCCAUGUCCAGGAUGCUAAUGACAACAGGCCUAAGUUUCUGCGAGAGAGUUAUUCCGUCAGCAUUCCAGAAGAUACACUGAUUGGUACAGAAGUAGUUCAGAUUGAGGCCACCGAUAAAGAUCUGGGUCGAAAUAGUGAAAUAAGUUAUACACUAUUAACGAGCACUCACAUGUUCGCUGUUAACUCUUCAACUGGUGUUGUUUAUGUGACUGGAUUGCUUGACCGGGAAUUAAUUCCAAAUUGUAUAUUAAAAAUAGAAGCCCGUGAUCAAGCUGAGAGUGGUCAGCAGCAGUCCUCUGUGGUGGCACUGAAUGUAAUAAUUGCUGACGUCAAUGACAAUGCUCCCCUUUUCGUUCCUUCAAGUUACUUUGUUAAGGUACUCGAAGAUAUGCCCGUUAGUGCUGUGGUCAUGUGGUUGGAAGCUCAUGAUCCUGAUCUUGGCUUAGGUGGCCAGGUACGCUACUCUCUGGGAAACGAUUACAAUGGCAAGUUUGAAAUUGACCGAACCAGUGGAGCAGUGCGACUGUCAAGAGAGCUAGACUUUGAGAAGCAGCAGUUCUACAACCUGACAAUUCGUGUUAAAGAUAAAGGGCGGCCGAUAUCCUUAUCUUCAACGUCAUUUAUAGAGAUCGAAGUGGUUGAUGUGAAUGAAAAUCUGUAUGCACCACGAUUUACAGAGUUUGCUAAGAUGGUAUCCGUGAGGGAAAAUGCGGCAAUUGGUACAACAGUUGUGCAGGUGAUGGCCAAAGAUAAUGAUGAAGGACGGGAUGGAGAGGUUCAGUACUCCAUCCGGGAUGGUAGCGGCCUUGGACGUUUCACUGUCAAUGAGGAUACAGGUUUGAUUGUUACAGCUGAUGUACUUGAUCGUGAAACAACUGCUUCCUACUGGCUUACUGUGUAUGCCACAGAUCGUGGAGUAGUUCCAUUAUUUUCAUCCAUUGAGAUCUAUAUUGAGGUUGAAGAUGAAAAUGACAACGCACCGAUAUCUUCUCAGCCUAUUUACCAUCCAUCAAUCAUGGAAAACUCUCCCAAGGAUGUUCCCAUAGUUCAGAUUCAGGCCUAUGAUCCAGAUUCCAGCUCCAGUGAUAAAAUGACUUUUAAGAUUACCAGUGGGAACCCUCAAAAUUUCUUCACGAUUAAUCCCAAGACGGGUUUGAUCAUGACCACAACAAGAAAACUGGACCGAGAACAGCAAGCUGAACAUGUCCUUGAAGUGAUGGUGACAGAUGGAAGCUCUUCUCCAAAACAUUCAACUGUGUGGGUAGUUGUACACGUAUUGGAUGAGAAUGACAACAAACCCCUAUUUCCUCAGAAGGUGUAUCAAAUUAAACUUCCAGAACGGGACCGCAAGAAACGAAGUGAACCAAUUUAUAGAACUUUUGCAUUUGAUAAGGAUAAAGGUCCCAAUGCUGAAAUCUCCUACAGUCUUGUGGAUGGAAAUGAUGAUGGGAAGUUUUUCAUUGAUCCCAAAACCGGAAUGGUUUCCUCCAGGAAACAAUUUUCAGCUGGAAACUACGACAUCUUAACCAUUAAAGCAGUAGACAAUGGGAGACCUCAAAAGUCUUCCACUGCACGCUUACACAUUGAAUGGAUAAAGAAACCAGAACCAUCCUCCAUUCCCCUCAGUUUUGAUGAACCAAUUCACAACUUCACAGUGAUGGAAAAUGACAGAGUGAAUGAAAUUGUGGGUGUCGUCACUGUUCAACCAAGUAAUAUUCUGCUUUGGUUUGAUAUCGUUGGUGGAAAUUAUGACAGUGCAUUUGAAAUAGAGAAGGGCAUUGGCACCAUUGUUAUUGCGAAACAACUGGAUACUGAGCACAGGGCAACUUAUAAUAUGACUGUGGAAGCCACGGAUGGAACUAAUUCAGCUGUCACACAGGUGUUUAUAAGAGUACUUGACCAUAAUGAUAACGGUCCAACAUUCUCCCAGCCAAGCUACGAUGUGACCAUUUCUGAGGAUGCUGCUGUGGAUACUGAAAUUCUGCACAUUAAAGCCACUGACAAGGAUGAGAAAAACAAGCUGACCUAUUCUAUUCACAGCAGUAUCGAUCCUACAAGCAUGCGGAAAUUUCUGCUCGACCAAAGUACGGGCAGGUUGAGUGUAGUUGAAAAGCUGGAUCAUGAAGCUCAGGCACAGCACAGUUUAACGGUCAUGGUACGAGAUCAAGAAUUUCCAUAUCGACGUAACUUAGCACGGGUUAUAGUAAAUGUAGCUGAUGCCAAUGAUCACGCUCCAUACUUCACUAGUGCUGUGUAUGAGGGUUCAGUUUUUGAAUCGGCUGCUUUUGGUUCUGCAGUACUGCAGGUUACAGCUCUGGACAAAGAUAAAGGUCAAAACGCAGAACUAUUGUACAGUAUUGAAGGAGGCAACAAUGACAAUGUCUUUAAAAUUGAACCAGUUUUGGGAAUUAUCAUUGUUUCAAAAGAACUUGACCUCGCAUCCCUUGGCCAUUAUGUUCUGACUGUUAAAGCAACUGAUCGAGGAAUACCAUCUCUCUCUGCGACUGUGAUUGUACGUAUAACAUUGACUUUCUCGGACAACGCACAACCCCAGUUCCAUCAGAAAGAAUACACGAUUGAAGUGAAUGAAAAUGCCAGCGCUGGGACCUCAGUGGUUAUGAUCUCAGCCGUGAGUCAAUCAACAGUAGUUUAUGAGAUAAAAACUGGAAAUUGGGAGAGUGUUUUUGCAAUAAACCCUUAUUCGGGUGUCAUUAGUGUUCAGAAAACUCUUGAUUAUGAACAAAUUUCUUCUUAUCAGCUGAUUGUGCAAGCAACCAACAUGGCAGGAAUGUCAUCGAACAUUACAGUUAGUAUUCAUGUUGUUGACCAAAAUGACAAUCCUCCGAUCUUCCUUCAUUCCCAAUAUUCGGGUAGUAUUAGUGAGGCUGCUCCAGUCAACAGUGCUGUUUUAAUCUCUGUCAACAAUCCUCUUGUUAUAAGAGCCAGCGACGCUGAUUGCAACCAGAAUUCAUUGCUUGGCUACCAAAUUGUUGAAUCCACAGCAAAGACAUAUUUUUCGGUUGAUUCCAGCACAGGGGCAAUCCGGACCAUCGCAAACCUUGAUCAUGAAACAAUUCCAAUAUUUAAUUUCCAAGUGCAGGUCAGAGACAGUGGAAGUCCACAGCUCAUGGCUGAAUCUCCAGCUGAUGUAACAAUUCAUGUGACUGAUAUCAACGACUCACCCCCAAUGUUCAGCCAGGAAGUAUAUGAAACUGUUCUUCUCCUGCCAACAUAUAUUGGCGUUGAGGUUCUCACUGUGUCAGCCACUGACCCUGACACUGAAGUAAUAUCAGAAUUAACCUACACAUUAACAGAUGGAAAUUCAGCAAAUUGUUUUUCGAUUGACCUAAGAAGUGGAAUAAUCACUGUAAGGAAUCAAAACCUUACUGGCGAAGUCUACCAACUUACUGUUCGUGUUUCCGACGGGAAGUUCAGCAGCACAGCAAUGGUAAAAAUAAAAGUGAAAGUUGCUCUUGACAGUGGUCUUCAGUUCACUCAAAGUUUCUAUUCAGCUUCUAUCUUGGAAAACAGUACCGAGGCAAUGAAAGUGGCUGUGGUAAAUGCCGUGGGGAACCGGCUCAAUGAGCCCUUGAAAUACAGAAUACUAAAUCCUGGUGACAAGUUUACGAUUAAAUCCACCUCAGGAAUUGUACAAACAUUGCCUGUGUCUUUUGACAGGGAGGAGCAAGAAAUGUAUGAGUUAGUGGUGGAAGCAAGUCGUGAGCACGACCCCUGGUGUGUGGCACGGGUGGUCAUUAGGGUGCAGGUAGAAGAUAUUAAUGACAAUCCACCUGUAUUUGUAGGCCUUCCCUAUUAUGCUGCAGUUCAAGUUGAUGCAGAGCCAGCAGCACGAAUAUACCACGUCACCGCUGUGGAUUGUGAUAAGGGUAAAAAUGGAGAGGUCACUUACUUCCUUGAAGAAGGACAUGGUCACUUUGAGAUUGACCAGUAUACUGGCAUUGUUACGCUGAAAGAACCAUUUGAAUCUGACGUAUCCAGCGUUGAAUACAAUGUCAUUGUCAUUGCAACAGAUGGUGGUUCUCCUUCGCUUUCCACACGUGUACAACUGCCUAUCACAGUGAUUAAUAAAGCUAUGCCUGUCUUUGCAAAGCCAUUUUAUGUAAAAACAGUCAAUGAAGACAUACAGCCACACACCCCCAUCCUCAGCAUUAAUGCAACGAGCCCUGAAGGUCAGAGUCUAAUAUACACAAUUACGGAUGGAAAUCCCCUAAACCAGUUUAAUAUAAAUUUUUAUACAGGAGUGAUUGGUGUCAUUCAUCCACUUGAUUAUGAGACCAAGUCCAGCUAUAAAAUGAUGGUUAAAGCGACAGAUUCUCUCACGGGGGCCCAGGCAGAGGUGACAGUGGAUAUAUCAGUAGGAGAUGUUAAUGAUAACCCUCCAAUUUUUGAACAAAGUGUAUACGAAGCAACCCUUUCUGAAUCGUCAAUGGUUGGAACACCCGUGUUGCAGGUUAUUGCUACUGAUGCAGACUCUGAAAACAAUAGAAUAGUUCGCUAUCAGAUCGUCCAGGACAAUUUAAACAGCACAGAUUACUUUCAUAUAGAUAGCACAAGCGGGUUGAUUCUAACAUCCCGAAUGUUGGACUAUGAGUUAAUUCAGGAAUAUAAUUUUAUAGCUCGAGCAAUAGACAAUGGCAUCCCACCAAUGAGCAGUGAUGUCCCUGUAACGGUUCAUGUGACUGAUAUGAAUGACAGCCCUCCAGUAUUUAACCAGCUUCUCUAUGAAUCCUACGUGAACGAACUUGCUCCACGCGGUCAUUUUGUAACCUGCGUGCAGGCAUCCGAUGAAGAUAGCUCUGACGUGGACAGAUUAAAAUACAGCAUCCUGUCUGGCAACGACCAUAUGAACUUUGUCAUGAACAACAUGAGAGGCAUCAUUACACUUUCCAAUCAUCGCAAGCAAAGAAUGGAUCCUGUGUAUAACCUAAACGUCUCUGUGUCUGACGGCAUUUUCACCAGCACUGCGCAAGUGCACAUCAGAGUGCUUGGUGCCAACUUAUACAGUCCUGUCUUUUCAAGCAAUCUUUACGUGGUGGAAUUGAGAGAAAACUCUGCCAUUGGGAGCAAGGUGGCACAGGCAAUAGCCACUGAUGGUGAUUCUGGGGACUAUGGAAAUAUUAACUAUCACAUAGUGAAUGACUUUGCAAGAAAUCGAUUCUCCAUUGAUUAUUCAGGGAUUAUUAUUAUUACAGAAAAGCUAAACAGGGAACUGACAUUGGAAAGUAAUAUUGACAUUAUGGUAAUGGCUGUGGAUGGUGGUGGGAGAUCUGCAUUCUGCACUGUGAGGGUCAUAUUGGUCGAUGACAAUGACAAUGCUCCCCAAUUCAUGGCCCUAGAAUACAGGACAAGUGUUAAGGCUGAUGUGGCAAAAGGCUCAUUGAUCAUUCAAGUCGUAGCUUUUGAUCCAGAUGAAGGAGCAAAUGCUAAAAUCCUGUAUUCAUUGUACAAUGAAGAUUCAGACUACGUAACUAAUGCAAUCGACAUUGACCAGGAAACUGGAUGGAUUGUCACAAAGGGAAAUUUUGACCAUUUGAAAAAUACAAUUCUCUCUUUUUUCGUGAAAGCCUCAGAUGGAGGUAUUCCUGUGAGGAGUGUUCUGGUUCCCGUAUACUUUCAUGUGCUUGCUCCCAAAACAGACCUUCCAGCCUUUCUGCAACAUCAAUAUUCAUUUAUGCUGCCAGAAGAUGCCCCUAUAGGAAGUAUGGUUGGCACCAUCCAGGUUUUGCCACAACAAACUAUUCUCUUCAAUACGAUUAAUGGUGGAUUAUCACAAAAUAACCAAGAUGCAGUAUUUGUUAUAGAUUCACACACUGGAGUGUUAAAAUUGGACAAGAAACUUGAUUACGAAACAAAUCCUUUUUAUGAGUUUUUGGUUACAGUCACCGUUAAUAAUGGCAGAACCGAUAUAAUUUUGACAACAGUUGUCAAAAUUGAAGUGAGGGAUUUGAAUGACAACAGGCCUGUUUUUCAGACCGAUCCAUACGAGGCUGUGAUAAUGGAAGGAAUGCCAAUCGGAACUAAAGUGAUCCAAGUCCAAGCAAUUGAUGAAGACUCAGGAGCCAAUGGACACGUCACCUAUAGUAUAUUGCCAGCUACUCAGAUGGAACUUGAAGAUAUAAUGGAUAUAUUUGCCAUCGACACCAACAAUGGCUGGAUUAGGACACUUAAAGAUCUUGAUCAUGAAAAGCAGCCGUCCUACACGUUCAUUGUGGUAGCCUUGGACCAUGGUGAGAUUGUGCCCCUGUCUUCAACAGCAAUAGUUCAAGUAACUGUCACGGAUAUAAAUGACAAUUCUCCACAUUUUGUGAAUGAGAUAUAUCGGGGAUCUGUGAGGGAGAGUGAUUCACCAGGAGAGGUUGUUGCCGUGCUCAGUACAAGGGAUGAUGACACAUCUGAAAUCAAUCGUCAAGUUAGCUAUCACAUUACAGGAGGAAAUCCUAAAGGAAAAUUUGCACUUGGUCUGGUUCAGAAUGAGUGGAAAGUCUAUGUGAAGAGACCAUUAGACCGAGAGGAGCAGGAUAUUUAUCUUCUGAAUAUUACAGCCACUGAUGGACUCUUCGUAUCAAGAGCAGUGGUAGAAGUCAGCGUAUUAGACGCCAAUGACAACAACCCAGUGUGUGAUCAGGUCACCUACACAGAGACAAUAGUGGAAGAUAUUCCACCAAAUAGAGUUAUUCUAAGGAUUAAUGCUCAUGAUGCUGACCUUGGAUCUAAUGCAGAAAUACAGUAUUCUUUGCAUGGAACUGGGUCAGAUAAAUUUUUUCUUGAACCAGAAAGUGGUGAACUUAAAACAUUAUCAGCUUUAGACCGUGAGGAAACACAAGUGUACAAUUUGAUUGCCAGAGCAUCAGAUGGAGGGGGCCGUUACUGCCAGUCGGUAGUAGUUCUGACUCUGGAGGACGUGAAUGAUAAUCCACCAGUAUUCACCUCCGAUCAUUAUACUGAACCUGUGUCCGAGAACACGGUAAUAAAGGUUUUGCUAACAAAGGUUGAAGCAACAGAUCCAGAUUUGGGCCCAAACAGAAAUGUGGAAUACACUCUUGUUGACUCUGCUGAUGGAUUUUUUUCGAUUGAUAAAUAUUCUGGAAUCAUCAGCCUGGAAAAGGCGCUGGAUAGAGAGCAACAGGCAUUGUACAACCUCACAGUCAGAGCCACUGACCAAGGAGCAACAUGGAAACUCUCAACUUUUGCCACAGUCACCAUCAUUGUGCUGGACAUCAACGAUAACCCGCCAGUCUUUGGGAGACGAGACUAUCUUACCACGGUGCCUGAAGAUGUAGCCCCGGGUACUGAAAUACUGACUGUCUAUGCAGCAAGCAAAGACAUUGGUGCAAAUGCAGAAAUUAAUUACAAUAUUAGAUCUGGUAAUGAACAUGGAAAAUUCAGAAUUGAUCCUCGGAAAGGAACUAUUUCUGUAAUUGAGCUUCUUGACUAUGAAACGUGUAAGGAUUACUAUCUCACGGUUGAAGCCAGAGAUGGAGGCUCUCCUUCACUGAGCACAGUCACUACAGUCAAUGUCAAUGUAAUAGAUGUCAAUGAUAACCCACCAGAAUUCAGCAGGAAUAUAUACAAUUCGGUUAUCAGUGAAGAUGCACCCAUCGGAGAUUCCAUUGCUUUGGUGUUGGCAGAGGACUGCGACAGUCAAGCUAAUGCACAGAUUCGUUUCUCCAUUGUGAAUGGCAAUCUGGGCCAUUACUUCAGCAUCAAUCCAAUCACAGGUUUAAUCGAAAUCAAAGAACGACUUGAUCGAGAAAAAGUGUCUGGAUAUUCAUUAAUUGUGCAAGCUGAAGACAGCGGAACACCAUCCAUGUCAUCCACUGUUACCGUGAAUAUUGACGUCUCAGACAUUAACGAUAAUCCUCCUGAUUUUAUCCCAGCAAAUUAUUCAGCUGUCAUCCAGGAAAAUAAACCUGUGGAAACCAGUAUCGUGAAACUUUCAGUGACGGACAAGGACUCCUCACACAAUGGGCCUCCAUUCGCUUUUACUAUUCUUGCUGGCAAUGAGGGGAAGGAAUUUGUUUUAGAUCAGGAAGGAGUUCUGAGAUCUGCAGUUAUAUUUACUCAGAAGGAUACAACAGAGUACCAUCUACAUGUGCAGGCUCAAGAUUCGGGUAAACCGCCACUGAUGUCUUCCGCCCAUGUGUUUGUCCGCGUGAUUGAAGAAAGCAUUCACAAACCAACUGCAAUCCCACUCGAGAUUUUUAUUUCCACAAUGGAAGAUGAAUUCUCAGGAGGCAUGAUUGGAAAAAUUCAUGCAACUGAUCAGGAUAUGUAUGAUGUUCUUAGCUACAGCUUCAGAUCAGAUCAAAACAGUCUGUUCAAUAUAAACAGCCAAGAUGGGAAGAUUAUUGCACUUGGGGGACUUGAUAGUGGCAAGUAUAUAUUAAAUGUAUCAGUCAGUGAUGGACGCUUCACUGUCCCUGUUGACGUAGUGGUUCAUGUUGAGCAGUUGACUCGGGAAAUGCUAAACAACGCAAUAACGAUUCAAUUUGAGAACAUCUCUCCUGAGGAUUUUAUCGGACUAUAUCUCCAUGGAUUUAGACGGAGCCUUCGGAACAUAUUCGCUAUCCAAAAGCAAGAUACUGUUCAUAUCAUUAGUAUUCAAUCAAUAACAGACACACAGCAGCUUGAGGUUUUAUUGGCAGUGCAGAUGUAUAGAAGUGGGUUCUAUAGAGCAGUUUAUUUAAUUCAAAAGCUUAGCAGUGCAAAGAGGGAUCUGGACAAUGGCCUUCAUGUCUCCACUAUCGUGGACAAGCGUUGCCCUGGUGAGGAAUGUCAAGAAGACAACUGUGAGCCAGUAAUUUCUGCAGAACCACAGUCCACUACGACCUACAGCACUGCACGGAUCAGCUUUGUGUCCCCUCGUUUUCACAGAAGUGUAACAUGUGCUUGCAAUGGUGAACUCUGCCCUGUGGUUUCCGAUGUUUGCCAAGACAAGCCUUGCCCAAGCGACAUGCAUUGCAUUAGAGGCGGUGAGGGCCAGGGACCAUACGUCUGUCAGUGUCCACCAGGGAAUCUGGGAGAAUGCUCUGGUCACGCGUCCUUGAGUUUUGCAGGAAACUCUUACAUUAAGUAUCGUGUGGCUGAAAACAGCAGAAGACAUGAACUGAAAUUGGGGCUGCACUUGAGAACGCUUCAAAGUAAUGGAAUCAUUAUGUAUGCUGAAGGGGAAUACUGUGUCAUUUUGAAGAUUGUGGAUGGGAAGCUCUGGUUCCAGUUGGACUGCGGCAAUGGACCAGGCAUUGUCGGCAUCUCCGGCAGGGCGGUGAACGAUGGGAAUUGGCACACUGUCUUUCUGGAUCUCAACAAGAAUUUUACCAGCCUCGCACUGGACGACACCUAUGUGGAGCGACGGAGAGCUCCUUUCCACUUUCAGUCCCUCAGCAUCGACAACUCCAUCUACUUUGGGGCCCAGGUGCCAGCUGCCCGUAGCCUUUCGAGCCAGAAAAAGACUCAAGUCGUGGGUGGAUUUCAAGGAUGCCUGGACUCGGUCGUCCUUAAUGACAAUCAGUUGCCACUCCAAAACAAACGCAGCCACUUUGCUGAAGUGGCAGAACUGACAGAACUGAAGCUCGGCUGUGUCUUAUAUCCUGAUACCUGUGCAAGGUUACCGUGCCAGAAUGGAGGGACUUGUGUUAGCCUACCAUCUGGUGGUUACCAAUGCAGCUGCUUGUCACAGUUUACAGGAAAUCGGUGUGAGACAGAAGUUACAGCCUGCUACCCAAACCCCUGUCAGAACGGGGGCUCCUGUAAUCCAACUGGCAACGAUUUUGUCUGCAGCUGCAAGGCGGGUUUUGUUGGUUUGAUAUGUGAAGAAGACAUUGAUGAAUGCGAUAUAGAAGAAUGCCACAAUGGAGGAACAUGCUUCAACACAUUAGGCUCAUUUAAGUGCAACUGUACUUCAGGAUUCAUGGGCCUCCACUGCGAUCUCCGACCUAUGGUUGUGCCCAAUAUACAACCUGGACAUCCCUACGUUGGAAAAGAGGAGCUCAUUGGAAUAGCCGUUGUUUUAUUGAUUCUCAUGUCACUGGUAGUACUCUUUGCAAUUUUCCGAAAGAAGUUCUUCAAGAAACAUGCACGUAACAAUAUUACCCUUGUUCAGGACCCUGCAACAGCAGCACUGCUCAAUAAACCUAAUGGCAUGCAAUUCAAAAUUAUUAGGAAUAAUGGCGAUAUCCGUAAGAUAUAUCAAGAGACUGGAGGUCCUCCCCAAGUGCCAGUCAGACCAAUGGCUUAUACUCCAUGUUUCCAGAGUGACUCAAGAAACAAUUUAGACAAAAUUGAUGGAUUGGGGAUAGAACACCAAGAAAUGAGCACCUUCCACCCUGAUUCUCCUCGACUACUGACUACACGUAGAGGUGUUGUUGUGUGCAGUGUUGCCCCAAAUCUCCCAUCAGUUACUCGAUCUGUCUCUGACUGUGAUUCACUGAGAAAGAACACGUGGGAUACCGAGAGAGAUGGAAAAGUAGAGAUUGUCGAAGAUGCAGCAGGCUACACUGGAAGUACGAAAGGCAGCAAUUCAGAAGUCCAGUCACUCAAUUCCUUUCAGUCUGAUUCAUGCGACGAUAAUGCUUCAAUAGUGACUGUUAUACGCCUCGUUAAUGAUGCAGUUGACACAGUUGACAAUGAAGUGUCCCUUAUGGAGGAGGGGCAGAACUACAACAGAGCAUAUCACUGGGAUACCUCAGACUGGAUGCCAAGCACUCGACUGCCUAAUAUUGAAGAGAUCCCACAUUAUGAAGUAGCUGACGUUGCGCCCAUACAUCAUGAAAAUGUAACAGCACUCGAUACAGACUAUUACCUCGGCGGGUAUGACAUCGACAAUGACUUCCCACCUCCGCAAGAUGAGGAGUUCCUGAGUCAGGACCAACUUCCUCCUCCACUCCCAGAGGACUACCAGGAUCAGUACGAGAUCAUCCAGCCACACCGUGCAACAUCAGCAACCAACACGUUGAGCUCCAAUGGCCGAAGAAGACCACACUUCCAUCCCAGCCAGUACCUUCCACCUCAUCAGUUGCCAGUGGAAGGCGAGACAGUUGGUGCCCAAGGUGGGAGAGACUAUUGUGCAUUUCGUGCAGAUUCGGACAAACACUUGGAGAAAGUGAUUAUCGACAAUAUGGCAAUUCCUAUGCUCGCGUCAACAAACGCAUCAUCGUCAGACAUGUCAACGAGCUGUGGCUUUGAUGACUCUGAAAUUGUGAUGAGUGACUAUGAAAGUGGCGACGAACUCAAUUUUAAUAAUCAUGUCUCUUUUGUAGAAUCCCAGUACCAGACACAGGUAUGAUGACUAUAUGAGCUAUUUCUAAUUUUGGAACAAAAUUGAAACAUUCAAGACACACUGACAACCAAGUGGUGCAGUGGCAGGAAUGUGAAGACCAUUUCAUGGGAUAUUUGCAUCCCCAAGAAAUGAUGAACACAACGCGUAGAAUGAGUUGUCUUUUCCAAACUUGGGUAUUAAUCUCAUUGUUUUAUGUCCACAACUACUUUUUCUAAAAUAGCUCAAAAUAAUUGUGUUUAUUGUAAAAUAAAUACAGCCUAUGAUUUGGUUUUAAGCUGAGUCCAUAUUGGAGCUAAAAGUGCAGAAAAAUAUUACCAUUAACAUUGAUGUACUUCGGAGGUAUUGUCCCUGCGGAAAUGCAUUGGAUAAUGUAGGAAAAGCGAUCAACUGAUGGUAUAAAAUGUUAAUCAUACAAUCACAGUUUACAUUGAUAAUUCCAAAAUGCUGGGGAUGAAGUAAUUAGUAAUGGCACUUUCUUAAGAGUGAUGAAGUAAACCAUUUGGUAGUCAACAGCAUGUUUUGCUGUUGAUAUGGUAGUAUUUGUAUAGGCAGACCUUCAAAAGAACUGCAAUACUUGUUUAACAAUGCAUCUUGCAUUGUUUUAAUUCGUGGAAUGUAUAUUUGUUCACGGUCCAAAAGUGACUGAUAGCAGUAAGUUAAAGUAAAGUAUUAAAGCAAAAAUAGUUGCCAAUAAAAGAAUGUUCUACCUAAAAUACCGAGCCAAAAUCCUCUUCCUCAAGGUCCAAAAUAAUCCAAUUAUCAUAACAUUUUGUACCAUCUUAUUUCUAUAUCAAAGCACAUAGAACUUAACUUGAAAUAACAGUCUGCUGCCUGUACUUACAAAGAAAGUGCUGUCAUGUGGUUACAUUUUAGAACAGUCGUGAACACUGGAGUGGGAGUUUUUGCAACAAUAAAUAAGUAAGUAAAAUUGCACUGCAGACUAAUGUAAAGUUGGAAUAGAUGUGCUAUUAGUCAUCUGGCCUAAGGACCCAUUGGAAAAGCUCAUGUCAUUUGACCAUGAGGCAGGUAUAGCCUGAGGUGCAUUGUUUUACUGCGAAAAAGUGGAAGAAAAUCUCUAGAUUUAAAUGAAAUGAAAGUCACUUUCAGAGUUUAGUUUUUCUGGAGUCUGGCUACUAUUGGGCUCUAACCUCACAGCUAUAGUUGUGUAAUAUUUAGAGAUCGCCUGUAAAAUCUAUACUAUACAAAUUAAUACUUUCAAAGACAGAUUUGGGUCAGAUCUUAUGACCUCAUGUUUUCCAAAUUAAGAUAGGCUUUGUAAAAUCAGAUAUUCACACGUCAAGGUGAAAAUUCACUUCCUCAAAUCUCUCAGUGGCAAGGAAUGUAUUUCAAUAGAAGAUUAUUUUAAUCAAUCAGUAGCAAAGCUGCUCUUUUACUAUUUAAUAAUUGAUUAAAAUGUAUCUUUUGACUCGUGUCAGAAGAUUAUUCCACGUAAAGUAUUGCCAUCAGUAAAACAGUGUUAUCCGGUUUAACACAUUCUCCGAAAUGCAGAGUAAAGGCUCCACCUAUAAAUUCAUUCCUGGAUAUUUGCACAUGCAGUAUAUGGAUUGAAAUCUCAAGUAACUUUUACAAUUAGAAAGUCAGCUGUCUCUUUUGAUUAUGGUUGAAGUAAGUUCGGUUCAAGUCAUUACAUUUCCUGCAGACAAAUGUACGUCAUUAACCAACUGUGUCACAAUUUGUACCUGGGACAAAAUAUGAAGAAAACCAUAUUUUUUCAUGCACCUUUAGAGUCGGUUCCUAUAUUCACAAAGCUACAAUGCCACUGAAAUUCCAAGAGUACAGUUCAAUCUGGACUCUGAUUUGUUUAUUUGUAUGUAAAUUAUCUUACAGCAGCUGUGGGUCUAUGGCCCUGCAUUUUAGAAAGUUAUAAAAUUUGAUAUGCUGAAGAUUUCUAAGCUUUUUGUAGUACUGUAUUAAACUGUCGUCCUGUUGUGUAUUAUUUUUUACCUGCUGUUAACAAGCUUUGUAAAGAUGCAAGUUUAUGUGCUUAAAAAGUUUGUAUAAAGUGUACAUAGAUAUAGAUUGGGUUGUUUAAAUUUUGCAAGCUUUUGUAGAUAUUUAAUGUGUUCUGGGAUGCCUUGAUUUUUUGCUGAUAAAAGUGAAAUAUCACUCCAAAGCAGAGACAGAUUAGUAUUGAUGAACUGUUUUUUAAAGAAAAAGGUUGUAAAUUGAUCAACAAAAUCCAUUCUGUUCAUUCUAUUAACACAAAUACUACUUUUAUCAUAGCUGGAGCUUUUCAGUAUGGUAAGAUCAGAACCGGCAGCUGCUUAAUUCUUUGGAAUGAAUUCAGCAAAUGGAGCCUUUCAUGUAUUUUGUGGUCACAAAAAGGCAACAUGCUAAGGAUUGUGUCUUGAAUGACUAUAAUGAGUGUGCCAAGUCUUUGACAAAACAUGGCAAAUUAUUGCAAAAGAAUAAGAUUGUUUCUUAAGUGUUACGAAAGGAAACCAGAUGCCAUCAGAACUUGGAUCUAAUUCAAUGAUCAGCUGUGUAAUUGGUGUUGUUGGCAGUAUUAAAAACUAGUAUUUUACGAUUCAGUAGUUGUGCACUGUACAGAUUGAUUUUUAACUGCCACCACAUUUCUUAAGUUCAUGUAACAAUAAAAUAUGUUUUUAAUUAGUUAUUGAGUUAUUGCGUCCA